AUGAAUCAGUCCGAGAAACCAGAGGUAGUCCUCGACGACAACGUUACGGCCGACGACGUGACAAAGGAUGAAGGAUAUGGCCUCGUCAAGUCGAGGUUCGAUGAGUUAUCAAUUCCUCGUACGCUCUGGGUCUUUAAGCGAGUUGUUCUCGUCUCGCUCGCGGUGUACACCGGUUAUGUCUGCGAGGGAUUCGAACUCGGCGCUGGAGGCAGUGUCGUUGCCAAUGCUGGCUUCAUCAAGCAAUUUGGUUCGGUCAAGGGCGAGGGCGGCGUGAGGGCGCUUGAUCCGACUUGGUUAUCCACCUGGAGUGCUCUUCUGAACGUUGGCCAAAUCAUCACACUUACACACAUUGCUUGGGUUGCAGACAAGUUUGGACGCAAAGUGUCCUUCUACAUUGCAUGGAUAUGGCUCGUCAUUGGCUGUGUGCUCCUAAAUACGGCGAAAACACCAGCUGUAUGGGCCGUCGCCAAGUUGUGCAACGGUGCAGGUAUAGGCGUUCUCCAAAUCACCUGCCAGGUCUAUGUCAUGGAAAUCUGCCCAAACAAGAUUCGAGGUGGCUUGGUCACCUUUCAGGCAGUCUGGAGCAACAUCGGCGGCAUCAUCGUCUCCGUCAUGAUGCAGCAGCUCAACAAGAAACACCCCGACAACUACCUCCUCGCCAUGCGCAUCAUCUGGGCCCCCGUCGCGCUCAUGAUUGUCUGCUGGAUCUUCAUCCCCGAGUCACCCUGGUUCUACGCCCGCCACGACAACAAGGAAAAGGCAAUCAAGUCGUUGAAGCAGCUCUAUGGAGGUGUUGAGGGGUUUGACUUUGAAGAGGAGUAUGGGAUUAUCGUGAGGACGAUUGCGCAUGAGAGGGAGGUGUUGCAGGAGGCGCCGAGCUACCGCCAUGUUUUCAAGGGUCUUAAUUUGAAACGUGCCUUUAUUGUUGUGAUCCUGAGUGUAUCUCAGCAAUUCGCCGGUCUCGCCAUCAUCAACACAUACUCAACCUACUUUUUCUCUCUUGCUGGUCUAAACGACCCGUUCCUCGGCACCGUCAUUCUUAGCUGCUGCAACCUCCUUGCCGUCUUGCUAUGGUCUCUAACCACCGACAAACUCGGCCGUCGCACAAUCGUCAACUCCUGCGAGACCCUCGUCUGUGUGGUCCUCUUCGUCGUCGGCGGCUUGUUCUGGACGGGCGCGACAACCGGAAACGCCGCUGCGGGAACUGCUCUCACCGGACCCAUCACUUUCUUCUUCAACUCAAUCACAGGCAUCGCCACCUGCUACGCUACUCCGCCCAUGCUCCUCCAUCUAAGUCUCAAAGCCGGCUUCGUCUACGGCGCCUUUUCCGUGCCCAUUUGCAUCAUCAUGUGGCUCUACGUGCCAGAGACCUCAGGCCGAUCCGCAGCUGAGAUUGACGAGCUGUACGAGCGCAGAAUCCCCGCGUGGAGGUGGUCCAAGACUGUGACUGAGGCCGAGCAGCGGAUGCAGACCGUUGUGCUGGUGAAAGGGGGCGUUAAGGAGCAGAACCAGAUUCAUACACAGUAA